CCUUGAAAAGCCUUGAACAAGCCUUGAAGCCAUGCCGGGCAUCAGGAUGAGCAUGCUUCUCCCUGAGUUUGUGAUAAAAGAUCGUUCUAUCCAUCCUGUUGGUGCCUCCGUGCGGUCUUCACUCUUCGGGCCCAGUGAUUCUUUUCAAUGUCGCUUCUUGGUUUUCCCCAAUGGAACCAAGUCGGUACACCAAGAGCAAAGUCAGAGAAGUCAGACUCAAAGUGAAAGUUUGUUUUCUGCAUUUGUGGAGUUAGUGCCACCAGCGCACAUGGACGAGAGAUGGUCCUGCGCGAGUGUGAGGUAUGGUAUUACAGUCGUCAGCCAGAAGACAGGAACUGAGAACAUUAAGAAACUUGACACCUUCACCUUCUCAAAUGAACACGCAGAUCGCGGAUGGCAUGAUUUGUUUGCAAACAUCUCUACCCACAGACACUUCAUUGGUCGAGACGGCGAAAUUACCCUGCAAGGAGAAGUUCACAUUCCUUGGAGGGAACAGCAAAGGGUUUCGGCUUGGCAGGAGUCCUUCCGCCAGUUGGACUUCUCCGAUAACCAGACAGCAAAGUUCCUGACCUUCCGCUUGGCUGACGAUCAGAAACUCGUGUUCGACCGGCGUUUGUUGAUAGCUCGCUCUGACUAUUUCCGCAAGAUGCUGUCUUCACCUGACUGGGAGGAGACAAGAACCGGUGAGAUCAACCUCCGUUCAGCCACAGUGAAAUGUAUGUCUGCAAUCUUGCGUUUUAUUCUGACGAACUCCUUCGACACGGACGAAGACCUUGAGACCUGCAUGGCAGUGCGCGAGCUAGCAGAUCGAUUCUGCAUUCAGCCUUUAGUUAAACAAGUUGAUGAAGAGUUGACGGGCAUGCUGACGGAAGAGAACAUUUUGCAGAUCCUUGGCAGGCUCCUGGAUACUGGAAGUGAAGUGGAAGCCGCGUGCUGGAAGAUGCUGGAGACUGAUAGCAACAUCUUGGUGAAGCAAGCGGACAAGCUGGAGACGGUGAUUUCAGAGAAUCCGCUGCUUGCUCGUAGGCUGAUCUUGUUCGGACGAGAAAGUAAGCCAAAAAGGGAACCAAAUCAGGUUUAGAACAGGAUGUUCCCGCUCGUUCAUGUUCCAGAAGUUUCCUGUACAGUGAAUGUAGACAAUGUAGAUGAACGUUUCAUUCUUGAAGUAACUAGAUACGCCAAUUGUGCCGGUGAAAAGGCGCUACAGGACCUAUCGCAA